AUGAAACCUAAAAAGGUCCAUGAGGUGGUCAACUUUGCAGAUUUUGUGGACCGUCUCGCCGAGGACAUUGCAUCUGUUUCCGGCGAUGAAUUGACUCACUUUAUAGACUUUGGGAGUGGACAGAACUACCUGGGGCGAACCUUGGCGAGCGCUCCCUACAACAAACACGUCGUGGCUGUUGAGAGCAAGGAAGCGAACACGGCCGGAGCCAAGGAUCUGGACAUCCUCGCAGGGGUCACUAAGCUAGAGAAGGUCAACCGCAACAAAAAGGCCUGGCUCCAGCAUCUGGACAGCCAGAAAUCUCCCGACGAGCUCGAUGAGAAGGCCAAGAGGCGAGCGGCAAAGCCCCUGGCUCUGACGGAAGAGCAAUAUCAAGCAGCAGAUCUGAGACCGCGAAGCGAGCUCAAGACUAUCUACCGACCGGAAGAAGGCAAAGGCUUUAUUAAAUAUGUCAUUGGCCGACUAGAAACGGGUGACUUGACUGGUGUUCUCAACCAGAUCGAGGAUGAGGACAUCCCAGAAGAGCGGAAGAAGGACCUUCGACUGAUGGCAAUAUCGAUUCACUCAUGUGGAAAUCUCUCGCACUUCGGCAUCCGGUCGAUGAUCUUGAAUCCAUCAAUUAAAGCUGUGGCAAUCGUAGGAUGCUGCUACAACUUACUGACUGAGAAGCUGGGGCCGGCCACUUACAAACUUCCAUACAUGCGGCCAAGCCUGCAGGCCAUCAAUGGGAGAAUUGUGCGGGAAUCCGAACGAUACGAUCCUCAGGGCUUCCCUAUGAGUGAUCGGGUCUCAAAUCACGAAGGGAGAGGCAUCCGCUUCAAUAUUACGGCUCGAAUGAUGGCUUGUCAAGCACCCCAGAACUGGACGGACAAAGAAAGUGAUGACUUUUUCACAAGACAUUUCUACCGGGCGGUGCUUCAGAAGAUCUUCCUCGAUAGAGGAGUUAUCAGCAAAGUCUACCACAACACCCCAGACUCCGAAUCACAAGCGGCAGAGAAAGAGAGUCCGUUCAACGCAAGCACCAAUCCCGUCAUCAUUGGCUCCCUAGGCAAGAGCUGUUAUGCAUCAUUCAACGCAUACGUCCGGGGCGCAGUCAAGAAGCUGACGACACACUCGGAUUAUUCGCAGUACAGCGAGGUCAUCAGAGAGAAGAUGAGCAAUAUCCAGGACGAGGAGAUCGCGCGCUACGAGCAAGAGUACCGCCCCCGGAAGAAAGAGCUGAGCGCAAUCUGGAGCCUCAUGGCGUUCAGCGCCUGCGUGGUCGAGUCCCUCAUCGUCACGGAUCGCUUGCUGUAUCUUCGCGAGCAGAGCGAUAUCGUCCGCGACUGCUGGGUGGAGACGGUCUUUGACUAUCGGCAAAGCCCGCGCAAUCUAGUCGUUGUUGGUAUCAAGCGAUGA